UAUCCAGAAACAUCACUAUAAAACUGCAAUGACAAAGCUUUCGGCGUAAAAAUAAACCAAAAUAUUCGUGCUGAACAUGUUUAUAAAACGUUCGAAGGAGAAAAAGGGAUAGUUUUAGUCGAUGCUGACUCGACGUUAAAGUAUAAUUCCAUAAAUAUACAUGCACGUUUAAACUGCGUCACAAAUAAUGUUAUCGAUUAAUUUUUUAAGAACCUCCGAGUCAGUAAGCAAACGAUCGAAUAGCGUUAACAAAAGUGUGGAUAAUAUAGAAUUAUUAAUGAGGUUCUCAUUUUUUAUUGUGAUUUUUAUCAUAACAACGCAUUUACUGUCGUCGGCCAGCGGAAUCGAGAUAUUGGGAAACCCGUAUAAAAUACUAGGUGUCCACAAACGUGCGACCUUACAAGAAAUUCGAAAGGCAUAUAAAAAUCUUGUCAAAGAAUGGCAUCCUGAUAAAACCGAUCAUCCCGGCGCGGAAAAUAAAUUUGUAGAAAUUACCAAAGCAUACGAGAUAUUAACCGACCCGGAGAGAAGGCAAAAAUUUGAUAAUCAUGGCAUCACGGAGGAAAGUAUUCCUAGGCAACGAAGGGAUAGCAGUCGCUUUAACGUCCUCGAUCCAUUGGAAGAAUUGUUCGGCGGAAACUUCAAGUUUCAUUACCAAACUCGAGAUAUUUCUCUCUUCUAUAAGAUGAGCAUCACUUAUAGAUCGUUUGAAAAUGUAAUAAUACCAAAAACUUAUCGCACGCCUUAUUUAAUAUUGUUUUAUUCGGACUGGUGUUUUGCGUGUUUGCAAGUAGAACCAACGUGGCGACGCUUGGUCGACGAAUUAGAGCCGUUGGGUCUCGGUUUAGCAACCGCGCACGCUGAAAAAGAAACUGCUUUGGCAAGAAGACUGGGUAUUCAUUCUCUACCAUGUCUUGUCGUUAGCAUAGAUGGUCGUACUAGUGUCUAUAAGGAGUCUCUUUUCAGUAUUCAAAAAAUCGUUGACUUUUUGCGAAGCAAGUUUCCAUACAAAUUGAUACCUAAUAUAAAUAAAAAUAACGUAGACAAUUUUCUCUCAGGAUGGAUAGAUAAUCGAAUUCGAGCUUUAAUAUUUGAUAGGAAAGAAUCUAUACGAUUACGUUAUUUAUUUAUUGCGUUUUAUUAUAGAGAUCGUGUUGCAUUUGGUUUUGUCCAGACUGAGAAACCGGAAACGGAAUCUAUCGUAACAAAGUAUAAAAUCUCCGUGGACUUGGACACGUUGUUAUUGUUUAACGAAAAUUCUGAGAAACCUAUGGCGUCCGUUAGCAUGAAAGAUAUAUCCAGCGAUACGAUGCACAAUGUUAUUUCGAAUAAUAAAUUCCUUGCUCUGCCAAGACUUUCGAACCAGGCAAUGUUGGAUUCCGUUUGCCCGCCCGAAUGGCUAAGACCUCAGAAACGGUUAUGCGCGGUGUUGAUAUCGCAACAAAACAAUCCUCUCCAUGACUUGGCCAGACAUAAAUUUAGACAAGCAGCUUUGGAGUCUUCUUACGGCACCGAACGAGUCAGGUAUACGUAUGUAUUCAAAGACACACAACCGGAAUUUGUGUCAGCGUUGUCAACGGGAGAGGGCAGCCCCUUGGAACCUUUGUUACAUAUUGUUAUCAUUUGGAGAAGGGAUGCAAAUCAUCUGAAAUACGAAUGGUUACCUACUGGUUGGAUCGAGGCUGCCCAGGACGAAGGUCAGUGGAACGAAACGCGUCACAACUUGGAACAAACUAUACAAAGAUUAUUGCGAGCUUCGGAAGCUUUGCCAUACGCUGCGGUUGUAGGAGAGUUAGCGGACGAACAUGCACAGGGUACUGUAGACAAACUUAUUGGCAAGGCAUUGUUAGCUGUAGAUUAUAUAUCGGAUAGUCUUACUAAAGAGCAAAUUUUACCCUUAGUAUCGGUAAUUGCUACUUUAAUGUUAAUUGGUGCUGCAGGAUAUGGAAUGUCGUAUCUGGUAAAAUUAGAGGAAGCAAGUGUUCAAGCCGAACGUGCUCAAUGCAAGGAUAAUGGUAAAUCGUUGUCGUCGCAGCCACAAUUACGAUUACACGAACUACGCGCAGAGAAUUACAACGGCUUGGUACGACUAUUAAAACCAGGCUGUAGAACCAUUAUAUUAUUAGUUGAUGCUCAAAGUAGACUAAAAUUAUUACCGGCUUUCCAUAAAGCUGUGUGGCCUUAUAGGAAAAAUAAGACCCUUAUGUUUGGACUCAUGUCUCUCGAGAGAGGGCUAGAUUGGUAUAAGAAACUAUUAUCCCUCACCCUGUCGGAACAAAAAGAAUUAAAUAUAAAUGCCAAAAAUUGUGUUGGCACUGUACUGUCUUUAAACGGACACCGCAAAUAUUUUUGUAUGUAUCACGCCAAACAUCCAGAAUGUAGUAAAGGCAAAGGUUCUAAGCGAAUGGAACGAAUGACGAAGCAGCUAACUCGAAGAGCGGACGAUGCAGAAGUAGGUGCAUUUAUUGGUUUCGACAGUUCAAACGAAUCUGAUCUUUCCGAAGACGAGAGCGGGCACAAUAUUUUGUAUCAGGAUAAUCUUUUAGACGGUUUACCGAUGUGGUUGGAUAGAUUAUUUGAAGGUUUAACGCAUCGUUAUUAUGUAAAUUAUUGGCCCGAGUUCACUGCCAAAUAAUUGAAAACCGUUUACGCAUUACGAUAAUGUGUAUACAUUUUGCAAUAGAGAAAUGGAUCCAACUAGUCAACAUAUAUUAUUUAGAAAUCCUACAAUUUAAGAGAUACAUCUUUUACCUUUUGUUGCAAAGUCAAGACAUAUUCAUUGUAUAUGAGGCAUUAUUUAUAAAUUCACUCGCGAUCUUUUGCAUACAUAGAUUUAUAGAUGUUCCAUGAAUUUACAAUCGAAGAUUUCGUAUAAACGUAAUCGUAGCCGAUGAACUUCUUCUAGAUUUAAACAUUGUAUUAUUUUCCUUCGUUUCUAUGCGUAAUGAUAAUCUUCGGAAUUUUCAAAUAUUACCUUAAAUAAUUCUAGUCAAUGCCAUUAAAGACAUAACAGUAUUUAUAUUCAGGGCCGGCUUUUCGGGAAAGAGACAUUUUUCAAAUUGAUCUAAACACGAUUAUCGUACCCGUUUCAUCCAGGUUAAAAAAUAGACUGAAUUUAGAAAUAAAGAUCCAAGAGAAGAACUAGAAUCCUAAUCAAAUGUACUUCGAGCCAAGAUGGCGUAUCAUUUAACUUUGCUCGAUGAUUCGUUCAACGAGAGGGGCCGGGCUUUCUAAUUUAAAAACAAGGAAAGUCAAUUUUUAUAAAGACUGUGCCUAUGCAUGAUGUAAUCCGUGUUUAUUCUAUUACAUUGCUUUAAAUUCGAAAACUCGGGUUUCGUUUGCAAUUUCUACCGGAAGUUAUAAAAGGGGGCACCUAAAUUGGAAGUUGUUUCGAAGCGCUAAUAAAUUUAGCGCCGGCUCUGUUUAUAUUACAUGUUUAAAUAUUAGCCACUGUGUAUUUAUAUAAUGUCAAAUAUUCCCUUUAUUUUCAUUUCUUUUGAUAUAAUCUAUGGUAUAUUAUUACUUUUAUAGCAUUGUGUAACAAGAAUCUUAUCUUUCCAUUACAUACGAAGUUUGAUAAGAACUGUACCCGACUGUACAUCGUAAACUUUUCUUUUUUUAUAUGAUUUAAAAUAUCUUUUAGAAAUACUCCUUUCUAUACAGUAGAAUAUUCGAACAAAAUUUUUAGCCAAUUACCUGAUUUCACUACUAUUACCACUUCUGAUCGACUUAUGUUCUAACGCUUUUUUCCCUUUAUUGCAAUUUUGUCAGUCGUGAAAUUCUUUUUAAUAGGAAAUUUACAAAAAGAUUAGCAUAGUCAACGUAGCAUUUUGUUAUCAAACUUGGGUGUAUAUUACGUUAAAAUUUAAGACCACAUUUUUAACUCCCGUUGAUAGAUAUUUAUAUCGUCUUACACAUUUUUUUAACAUUGCAUUUUCAUUCAUCUUGGAGACCGGCAACAAACGUAUUUGUACAUCUAUCGAUUCGUUAACGCGUUCUAAACGAGAAUUCAUAAUUAACAAUAAUAAAAAAAUAAUAAUAAUAAUAAAAAAAAAUAAUAAUAAUAAUAUUGCUUUAUACAGCUCGUACGCAGAUUAAAAGUAAUAAAUACUUUAUAGUUGAUCGGAAGAGAAUAAUUAAUAUUCUCAUAUAGAACAAUACUUUAAUACGUAUUAAAUAAUCUAAAAACCAGUUCCAUUUUCUGCUAUAUUUAAGUAAUGUAUAUCUUUAGAUUAUAUUUUGUACAAUUACAAUGAUCUAUUUCAAUAUCAAGUCAUCGCGUGAAUAAUAUCGCUUACAUAAUUCAGUUAAGAAGUUAAGAGG